GUUUACUUUUCCAUUCUGUGCCCAUUCCUAGAUAGGACCUCCUUCCCAAAUGUAGCACCAGUGUAUGGAGAGUUCUCAGAAGAGUGUGUGUAUGGGUUCCUGUGUGUUUGUUUGUGUGUAGCGGCUGUUUGGGGGGGAGCUGAGCAGUGUGUGUAUGUGUGUGUGCAGUAAAUCUGCGCCAUGGUGCUGAUGAUCGAGCAGACAGAACGGACUUUCACUCCGAUAUCAUCACCUGAAGGAGGAAAAACCGGUAGGAUUGACAAGAAAGAGCUGCGAAUACAAGCUAACUCAGAAGCUGAAAAUGUAGAGGAGAAGCUGAAGAAAGGUGGAAAGUCAGCAUUCGACCUUCAGGUGUCCAUUGACACAGAGUCAGAUCUGUCUGAGUGCAGGAGGAAGUCUCCUAGUCUGAGGAUUAAGCUGGCCGAUCAACCCUUACUCACACUCAGUCCACCAGACUCAGAGUCAAAACUAGAGAGGAAGAAAACACAGUACAGCCAGUUCUCCAAAGCAAACUCACAAUAUCAUAAGCUCUUCAAAGAAAUAAGCAAUGAUGAGAUCCUCAAACAAAGUUAUACUUGUGCUCUCCAGAAGGACAUUCUUUAUCAGGGAAGGCUUUUUGUCUCUGAUAACUGGAUUUGUUUCCAUUCCAAAGUAUUUGGCAGAGAUACCAAGAUUGCUAUCCCAGUUCUCUCUGUCACCCUCAUAAAGAAGACAAAAACUGCCCUUUUGGUGCCAAAUGCACUUGUUAUCACAACUACAACUGAAAGGCAUCUGUUUGUGUCAUUCCUGUCCCGGGACACGACAUACAAGUUCCUGCUAUCAGUCUGCACUCAUUUACAUGCAGAGAAUGCAGGCAGCACCCCGAUCACAUCAUCAGCAGAGAACAGCUUCAGAGGAGACUGCCCUUCUUCGCUUCCUCUGGACUUCUCAGCUGAUUUUUCCGAUCUUGAUGGAGUAGUGCGUCAGAGAAGGCAGGACAUGCUGGACAGUAGCAGUUCAGGCUCCCAGACACCAGAUUAUGAGAAGAUGGCUGAGUUUCCCCCCCUCACUGAAAACUUCCUGGACGUGAUGAAGAGCGGAGAGAUGGCAGUUCAUGCUGACAUUCACCUGCAGACCAGCAGCACAAAGCAACACAAUGGUCCGGUUAAGGCUGCAACUGUUGCCAACCAGCAGGAGAAGUUUCUCUAUCCAUUGUCUCUCAAUACUCUUCUACUCGUCUAUCUAUUCUUGGUGUGUGUUCUCGUCAUGUCCUCGUGUUACAUGGCUUUCAAGAUCCUGGCUCUCGAGCAGCGGCUGAAUUCGCUGGGCUCAUUGGGAGACUAUUCACACGAGAACGCACUUCAUCAUCGAUUUCAAGCAGCAGCCAGUGCAGAGAUCUAUGGCGAGCUGUCCACAAACCUGUUCAAGUUAGAAAAGAUUCAGAAGAACCUGCGAAAGCUGCUUGAAGGGAGCUGAGUAUCCUGAUGGAAGCUGCAUCUUUGUUAAAAAUGCUUCAAAGACUCAAUGAACAAGAGGAUAUUUAAUUGUGCAAUAGCCACACCACACAGCCUUUUCUCUCUACUCAGGAGCGCACAGUUUUUACCUGAAUCAUGGCAUGGUAUUUCAUCCAAGGCAGAUGGAGAGAGAAAAAAGCUUUAUAUUUUAGUACUGUAGAAUUGAAAAGCUUCAAGCUAGUAAGAAUAAAUGAGUCCCAAGGACUCGAGUUUUGUAUGUUUAACAUUUCAGAAAUAAAAUCAGAUUACUAAAAAUGUAGCUUUGUGACGAUUUGUUACUGUUUAGAAUUGUCAAUAAAAUAUUUAUAGUUUG